AUGGCCAACUUACCUCCCCAACAAUACUCCCCCCCUUCUAAUCUGCCAACCAACAACAGAGAACCACAAACAUUUCAAUAACCAACCAUAGGAUAACCCCAGGUUGCUCGAUCUAAUCUGCCCAUCCAAUCCUUGCCUGAUACUGCCUUGCAAUAUUUGCCACAACAGAUUGCCCAACAACCCUAUUCUAGUUAACCAUUGCAACAACCACUCUAUAAUUAACUUUAACCUACCAAGCUUGGCCCUCAAUAACCCAUCUUUGGUCAAUCCCAAAUCUAAUAAAUUGCCUAACCACCACAAGAAGGAAACGUCGUAAAAGGCCAGUCCAGAAUAGAAUACAUUCCAUACGAACGAACCAUCACAGAAUACGAAGAAGUAAGAAGAUAAGUCCAAGUUCCAAUUACUAAAUAAGUCACCGAUUACUACGCUGUCUAAUAUGACAUUGAAUACAUCCCGCAAGUGAUUCAAGAAAAACAAAUUGAGUAUGUGCCAGUUGAGAGAGUUGCAGAAAGGACUGAAUAUUAUACUGUCGAAAAGCAAAAUGUCAUUUAACAACCAAUCGGAUAUUAAUCCCAAAUCCAAACUAAUUAUAUACCUGAACAAUUUUAAUACAAUCAAAUAAUUGAACGUCAAUCUGCACUUGCUUAUUAGCCAUACUAACAGUAAACCCAAAUCUAAACAAGAGAAGUCACCCAAUAUCCAGUUGCCCAAUAAUAACAAUACAUCUAAUAACUUCCAGUCCAAUAAUCAGUCCCAUUACCAGCUCCUUAAGCAUAAUAUCUGCCAACUCAAUACUAACAAUAUGCUAGUCCCAUUGGAAUUCAAUAACCCUAAUAUUAGAUAUAAUAAACUGUCCCAUUGAAUUAUGGGUAAUAAUUUUAGGCAAGUUAAAUUUAACCAGCUCCUAAGUAACCAAUCGCUACAGCUACUGUGCCAUAAGGAUAUUAAAUUCCCACUUAAACUGUUCCCUAACAAUACAUAAAUUAAUAAGUUGAAUAAGAUCCAACAAUCCAUAGUAAGCGUCCAUAACAGCAAUUGGCCUAAACUGCCUAAUACAACCCAUAAUUACAAUAGACUGUAGGUCCUAAUCAAUUUGCAUAGUCUGUUCCUUAAUAAUAAUCACUUCAAUAGGAUCUUGGUAGAACUAGGCCAUAUUAAUAAUAAUAAUAGCCAUAACCAUAGCAAUAGCAAUUACCAUAAUAAUAAUAAGGAGUUCCAUAAAAGCCUAACAAAGAAAAAUCAUUUUUAGAAAAAUUAUUCGAUUGA